UGAAGCUUGAUUGUUUCUUUUUAGGGUCUUCUUUCUUUCAAUUUUUCUUUACUUAUAAUUUUCGAUUCUCUAUAACACGGAGUCUUGUAGUAAUCUCUUAAUUUUAACUCCUUGUGGAUAAUGAACAAACUGUAUGUGGGGAAUCUUAGUCCUUCGGUCACGGUGGAGGACUUGAAGCAGCUUUUCGGCGAGAGAAAGCUUCCCGUGGCCGACCAGGUUCUGCUGAAGUCCGGCUAUGCUUUCGUUGACUUUCCUGACCAAAAGUGGGCAAUCAAAGCCAUUGAGACGUUGUCAGGAAAAGCUGAAUUACACGGGAAGGUGAUUGAGGUAGACUAUUCUGUUCCCAAAAAACUAAGGAGUCGUAAGAUUCAGAUCCGGAACAUUCCCCCUACUCUUCAGUGGGAGGUGCUGGAUGACCUUUUAUCACAAUACGGUGCUGUAGAAAAAGUGGAAGAAGUGAACACUGACACGGACACAGCUGUGGUGAAUGUUACAUACGCAUCAAAGGAAGAAGCAAAGGAGGCCAUUGAGAAGUUGACGGGUCACUGUUUUGGCACUCAUUCAAUCAGUGUGUCGUACAUACUGGAUGUGGAUGCGACGCCACCCCCCCAGCCCCACCGGGCUUCGGGAGGGGGGCGGUCAGGCAGGGAGCAGGACUACGGCCAGUCCGGAGCCUCCGGGGGACUCCUGGGGUCCCGAAACCGCCAGCAUGAGCUCCCCCUGCGUUUGCUGGUGCCCACACAGUUUGUAGGGGCCAUUAUUGGCAAAGAGGGUCAAACUAUCAAGAACAUCACCAAGCAAACUCAGUCAAAAGUGGAUGUUCACAGGAAAGAGAAUGCAGGAGCGGCGGAAAAGCCCAUCACCGUUCACUCCUCUCCAGAGGGUUGCUCUGCAGCCUGUCGGAUGAUUCUGGAGAUCAUGCAGAAGGAGGCCAACGACACCAAGACACUUGAGGAGGUCCCUCUGAAGAUCUUGGCCCAUAACAGUUUGGUAGGCCGGCUGAUUGGGAAGGAGGGCCGCAACCUGAAGAAGAUUGAACAGGAAACCGGGACCAAGAUCACCAUCUCCUCCUUGCAAGAUUUAACCAUAUAUAACCCGGAGCGUACCAUCACGGUGAGAGGGGGUUUGGAAGAAUGCUGUAAAGCUGAGGUGGAGAUCAUGAGGAAGCUGAGAGAAGCCUAUGAGAACGACAUGGCUGCCAUAAACCAACAGAUGAGUUUAAUUCCUGGGCUGAAUCUGAGUGCACUGGGGAUCUUCUCUUCUGGUCUCUCCGUUCUGCCACCCACUGCCACUCCACGCGGUGCUGCUCCAUCUCCCGCCAGCUACAACCCCUUCCUGGGCCACUCGUCUCCCCUGGGGGGUCUGUACGGUGUCCACCCCACUGGCAUCUUACCCCAUCAGCACCGCCAGGUUUCGGAACAGGAGGUGGUGUACCUGUUCAUCCCCACCCAGGCUGUAGGAGCCAUCAUCGGAAAGAAAGGUCAACAUAUCAAAGAGCUUGCACGCUUUGCAGGAGCCUCCAUAAAGAUCGCCCCAGCAGACAGUCCUGAUGUCCCAGAGAGAAUGGUCAUUAUUACUGGACCUCCUGAAGCGCAGUUUAAGGCUCAGGGCAGGAUAUUUGGGAAACUGAAGGAGGAGAACUUCUUCACGGCUAAGGAGGAGGUGAAACUGGAGACACAUAUUAAAGUGCCCUCAUCCGCUGCAGGCAGAGUCAUAGGCAAAGGAGGCAAAACGGUGAAUGAACUGCAGAAUCUUACCAGUGCUGAAGUCAUUGUGCCACGGGACCAAACGCCUGAUGAGAACGAUGAGGUGUUUGUGAAGAUCAUUGGACAUUUCUUUGCUAGUCAGACUGCUCAACGUAAGAUCAGGGAGAUCAUCCAACAGGUCAAACAGCAGGAGCACAAACACCAGCAGGGGGCGCCAACGUCCUCACAACACUCUAAGUGACCAGCAGAGCAGCGCCAGCAAGCAGCAGCCAAUGAAUGUAGCUUAUCCGAGCACAAACGGAGUGAGCAAGCGAGCGAGAGAGAGAGAGUGAGAGAGAGAGAGAGAGAGAAAGAGAGAGAGAGAGAGAGAAAGGGAGAGAGAAGGACGUGGAUGAAAAAGGAGCAGCAGUGGGAACAAAACCAAAGAACAUAAAAUGGUGUGCGAGAGAAUGAAACGUGAACGUGCGAGUGCCAGAAAAGAGAAAUGAACUCGAAAGAGGAAAAUGAACGUGUGUGGAGUUUAGAGACAUAAGUGUCUGAGAUCUUUGAGUGAUAGAGGUGCUAUCUAAACUGCCCUUA